ACCGCUCAAAUAAUUAAAAAAAAAAUAACAUCAGGCAUUCAUAUUUCUCAAAUCUCACUCUAUCCUUCAGUUUUUACGCAGUCCAAGCACCAUCUCAAAUCAUCAUCUGAAUCUACAAACAAACACAAGCAGUAGUAAUUAAUUAAAACCUCAUCUUCAAGAUUCCGACGCCAAAUCUAGCGUCGCGUGAUCCUAUCUCCUCACCGGAAAACCAGAUACAGAUUUCGAUACGAUCUGGUUUUCUCUCUAAUUUGCUUUCAAAUGCUCCUCCACUGAUCGAAUAAUCCCUAAAAUUAAACACAAAAUGAUGAUCUCUAGUCCUAUAACCGCUGCUCAGGUGUCAUUUUUUCUUGGAAUUGUACCUGUGUUUGCUGCUUGGAUUUACGCUGAGUUCUUAGAGUAUAACAAAAAUGCCGCUGUUUCUAAGGCUAGGCAUUCUGAUAUUGGUUUAACUGAAUUGGGAAACGGCGCCGUUAAACUGGCUAAUGAUGAUCGAGCUCUUUUACUUGAAGCUGGUGCUGCUGUCUCUUCUCCUAAAGCUACUAGUCGGACUGUUUUACCCGUCUCUUCUCCGUUUUUUAGGUUUCUUAUAAUGGAUGAGCAGUUCUUGAUUGAUAAUCGUUCGACACUUAGAGCUAUAUCUGAAUUUGGUGCUCUUUUGGGCUACAUUUACCUAUGUGAUCGGACUGAUUUCUUUAAUGGGUCUACGAAGAAUUUUAACAGGGAUCUUUUCUGGUUUCUCUACUCCCUUCUCAUCAUAGUUUCGGCCAUAACUUCUUUUAAAAUACAUCAUGAUAAGUCGCCAUUCUCAGGGAAACCCAUACUUUAUUUGAAUAGGCAUCAAACUGAAGAGUGGAAAGGCUGGAUGCAGGUGUUAUUUCUUAUGUAUCAUUACUUUGCUGCAACAGAAAUCUAUAAUGCAAUUAGAAUUUUUAUUGCUGCAUAUGUGUGGAUGACUGGAUUCGGGAACUUCUCAUAUUAUUAUGUUCGUAAAGAUUUCAGUCUUGCCAGGUUUGCACAGAUGAUGUGGCGGCUUAAUUUCUUGGUGAUAUUCUGCUGCAUUGUACUUAACAACAGUUAUAUGUUAUACUACAUUUGCCCCAUGCAUACUCUUUUCACUCUAAUGGUCUACGGUGCACUUGGUAUUUUUAACAAAUACAAUGAGAGUGGAUCUGUAAUUGCUUUAAAAUUUGCCGCGUGCUUCUUGGUGGUUAUUCUAAUAUGGGAAAUUCCUGGAGUGUUUGAAUUAAUCUGGAGCCCAUUUGGUUUCUUUCUAGGCUAUUCUGAUCCUGCAAAACCAAAUCUCCCUAUAUUGCACGAGUGGCAUUUUCGCUCAGGUCUUGAUCGUUAUAUCUGGAUAAUUGGAAUGAUAUAUGCUUACUAUCAUCCAACAGUCGAGAGGUGGAUGGAGAAACUGGAGGAAAUAGAAGUGAAGCGCAGAGUAUCGAUCAAAACAGCUGUCGCCGUCAUAGCUUUUUCGAUGGGCUAUCUGUGGUUUGAGCACAUAUACAAGCUGGACAAAAUUACUUAUAACAAAUACCAUCCUUACACAUCAUGGAUUCCAAUAACUGUAUACAUUUGCUUGAGAAAUGUGACACAAUGCGUCCGCAGCUACUCUUUGACCCUUUUUGCAUGGCUCGGGAAGAUAACUCUGGAGACAUACAUUUCACAGUUUCAUAUCUGGUUAAGAUCAAGCACUCCAAAUGCCCAACCCAAAUUGUUGCUUUCUUUAAUCCCAUCAUCGGACUACCCAAUGUUGAAUUUUAUGGUCACUACUGCCAUUUAUGUUGCAGUUUCUUACAGACUCUUUGAACUGACAAAUACGUUAAAAAUGGCAUUUGUGCCCAGUAGAGACGACAAGCGCCUUGCUCACAACAUAAUUACAGCAGUAGUAGUUGGAAGCGUUCUAUACUUCAUAUCUUUUAUAUUCUUAAAAAUUCCUCAGAUGCUGGUGUAAUAGAAAGGCUGAAAGCUUCUGCAUCAGUUUUACGUGAAUACACGACAAGAAUGUCCACAAAAAUGCCUAGACCACCAAAUCGUUUCAUUUCACAUUAUUCUUGGCAGGGGAGAUAAAUUGAAGGAGAUAAAUGGAAAGAGUGAUGCAUUAGAUUUUGUGAUAUAAUGUAUAGGAAAAAGUUGGUUGGCAACUGAGGUAACCUCUAAGAGGUGUUAUUUUUUGUAAUGUUUCUUCAUUGUUUCAGAAGGCUAGUAAAAUGACCACAAGCAAAAGUAUACCAUUCACUGUUAUGGCAA